AUGUCCAGCGACUCACGAACACGCAGAGAUGAAUUGGAAAGACCUACGGGUGCACAUGAGCUGAUUGCCAUGGAAACGAGCCAUGCGGAUAUCGAAGACCGUGAUGAGAGAGCUCCAGAGGAAGGCAAUCAGCAUCAGACGAUUGUUUAUCUUCAGGGUUGGAGACUCCACUCGUUGACCUUCGCCACGACGCUCGUUGCGAUUACCAAUUCUCUGAACGGGUUUCAAAAAAACAAUUGGAUCGUAACCUCAUACCUACUCACUUACGCCGGUAUGCCUCCCUACUUCGGCUCGGGAGGCGCAUUUUAA